AUGUCUUUCAUUUUUCCACUUCGUCAUUGUUCUCGUUUGUUAUUGUUGAACAAUCAAAUCCCUCGUUUCUUUAGCGUAUCAUCAGCUGUUUUACAAAAUACAUCAACAUCCGAUUUUGAACGUUAUUAUACAAAAAAACAUGAAUGGUUAAACAUAAUAGAUAAAAAUUCGAACGAAGUUCGAAUUGGUAUAAGUGACUAUGCUCAACAAGCACUUGGUGAAGUUGUCUAUUGUGAACUGCCAACAAUUGGUACAAAAUAUAAAAAAAGUGAUUCAUUUGCCACAUUGGAAAGUGUGAAAGCUGUGUCCGAUUGUUAUAUGCCAAUUGAUGGUGAAAUAACUGAAAUAAAUGAAAAAUUAAAAGAAGAAGCAAGUUUAAUUAAUAAAUCACCAUAUGAACAGGGUUGGUUAGCACAAGCAAAAGUAGAUGAUAAAAAUAUAAAAGAUAUUGAAAAAAGUUUAAUGAAUGAAAAACAAUAUCAGCAGUAUAUCAAAGGAGAAUUGGAUAAUGAAAAAGCUACAUGA